AUGAGUGAAUUUUAUACAUGGAUCCAAAAAUUUUUUUUUAGAGAUUUGAGAGAUCUCGACAAAUCUCCAGUGCCUGGACUCGGUGUUUGCUGCCCUGAUGAAUCGAAUCCGUUUGUUUUACAUUGCAACGUAUUAAUCAAUGAUGGACCCUAUCGUGGAAUUAUGAUUCAUCUGAUUCUUCAUAUUCCAGAGGAUUAUCCGCUGACAGGUCCUGCUGGAAAUAUAGCACCUGGUUUAGAAUUUGAUUCUAGCUAUCAUCUUCAUAUUCAUACAGACCACAGUCCUGGGUACAGUUUAUCAACUGCACUCCUUCAAAUCAUCACGUUUUUUGCAGAUCCAGAUUUUGGUUAUCAACCCUCUGCGGAAAGCAUCGCUCGUCUUCGCACAAUGGUUAAAAAUUUUACAUGUAAAACAUGCAGCCAUACUUUUGCCAAGUCAAAUCCAUCUAUAGUCCAUUAUACCGAAGAGCAAUCAAAUAAACGACCAGUAAAAGAAGAAACCAUAUCUAACGAAGAGGAAGAGCGAUUGAAAUCGGAACGUGCACAUUUACAAUUGCAGCGUGAACUCAUGGAAAAAUUAACAUGCGGUGUAACAAAACAAAAUGCUAUUGAAGAUAAAAUUUGUGUUGGUUAUCCAUUAUUGAUCACACGUGAUCGUCGUGGACGACUCUGGUCAGAAAUCAUUUUAGAACUUAUUUCCUAUGAUGCAUAUGUAGCAGAAAUACAAAGAUCGGGUGGAGAAAAAUUAGAUUUUUAUGAAAAUAUGAAAUUCCGUUCUGUCACAGGAGCAGAUUAUAAUCAUUGGUUGCCAUUGUAUAUUAAUGCUGAUCAUUUUCGGAAGGGUCAAGCGAUUAUUCAAAAUAGUAUAAGUGUCAUUCAUAAUGGUACUGCAAAUGGUAGUGCAAGAUAUGAUUUCACUCCGUCUAUGGCAUUAAGCGUUUUAACUACCUUAAUGAAUAAAUCGGCUGUUCGACUAUUUAAUGGUCAAAUGUUUGAAUCGAAACAAGCUAUCGAAGCAUAUUGUCAUUUCUUACGGUUAUUGAUGCAUUUUAUUGACAUGUAUCGCUUAUUAGCUGGUCGUAGUAAAAGAUCAGUGCCAGAUAUUGGUGAAUUUUUGAUACAAAUGGCAUUAUCAAAAAAAUAUAAGUUCAAUGAUAUCAAAACAUAUGUCUACGAAGAAUAUUUUGCACGACAAAUCUUUUGGAUUCAACAAAAUAGUACAAUUCAAAACUUGUUGGAUAUAAAAACUACAGAUUUACCCCAAAUAUUUCAAGCAGUAAAAGUAUCCAAUCAUCUGUUAGUAUUUAAUUUGGAAAUGGCUGAAACAUUUAUUUUUCCUGGCGUAAAAGAACAUUUGGAUCGAUUACAUGGUCAUUCACCUCCAAUUGUUGUUGAAAAAUUCCAAAACCGCUUAAGAGCUAUCAAAGCAAUAGAUAAAUAUAGUAUUUUCAUUGACGCUAUACAACUGACUGACACGAUUAAAUCGCCGAAUGAUAUGAUUGAUUUAAUAAAACGUUCCGUACAUGUAUCUAAUAAACAAGGCUACACCAAUAUAGUAUCAAAUGGUUAG